AAACAGUGGAUACGGAUGCUCGUUUCUUCCGGCGUGAGAAUCGGAUAAUACGAGACGGCGUUUUUCAACUUGCAUUAUAACAGCAGAAAUGGACGGUGUACAACGACUGAUCAUUUUCUGCAUACUGAUAGCUUUUCUGCCUGUCUUGCUCAUAAUAAUUCCUUUGUAUCUACGGCACAUCUUCUAUGCUGACGUCGCGUACGCCGUGACGGAGUCCGAUAUUUUAGAAAUCAACGAUGGGAUCUCAACAGUAUUUUGUUCGGAACACACCUUAAAAAUGAACGGCACUUUUAAUGCCUUCCAAAUGCUUCACCGACCAGAGAUCACAUCGAAACGAAAACAUAUAAGACUUAAAAAGAGCAUGAGUUUACCGGACGACACGUUAGAGUAUUGGGGAUUUUAUUUAUUGAAAAACGCAACCGUAGCACUGUCUGUGUGUUCAAGAUUCGAGGGAGCCUCUAUAUUAGUGGUGAAGGGAGAAAGGAACCUACGCACUUGUGGCCUGCUGGAACAUAAUCUUAACAAGCAACCACAAGGCAUCUUCUUACCAGGUGCAAACAGACAAGUCAAGAUAAUAUACGAAUCGAAUGCACAAGAAAUUGAUUCUGGGGAAACGACCACCGUCGAAUCCGUCAAAUCUACCCGCAGUAUCGAUAAGAUGGACACGAUUUUCAAGACGAAGCCAGACGACAGCGCACGGGCGUAUGCUAAGGAUGAAAAUUUGACGGUAAGCUUAGAGACUUACUUGUAUCGCAAUGCGACGGCUUAUAUUUACGAAUACUUGAGUCAACGAGAAAAUACGAACAACACCAGAAAGGGAAGACACGUUAAACGCCACAAGAGAAAUAAAUAUGAAAGAACGGGGCGAAAGAAGAGAGGUGUCUACGACUAUCGCAAAGAGAUGCGUCUGGAAAAUUUAGAACGAACAUUGAACUCGUAUGUGACCAGUGAAAGUAAGAAGUGGGAAACGCAGGAGGAAGAUGCGAUACGUACCAAGAGAUUUAAAAGAAGUAGAGAACUCAUAAAGCCACCGUCCUUGUUAGAUCAAGGUAUCAAGCACGGUGGGAACGCCGAUAAAAAUUACACGUCCGAUUCUAAGGGGGCGUCGUCUGUUUCUAGCUUCGAAAGUGGUCUAUUGAGUUGUUACAAGGGCGCGAUACUGUUGGCCCACGAGUUUCAACCCUCGGACCAGUGCACCAACGUCUCCUAUUUACUUAAUAGCAAGCACAUACAGGCGAAUCACCGUGUGGAGCAAGACGGUUAUUAUUAUUACAUUUUUUAUAGCGAUAACGAUAUUGUGUCCAAUGAUAUUUACGCGAUUUUCGAUAUAUAUAAGCCAACCUUUCAAUACGAAAAUGUGACUAAAUCGUGUAUCAAUCAGACCGAGUGCUCAUUCCGUAUAGACCCGCUGUCAGCGGACAGGGUAAUCAUCGAGAUACCAACUAAGGACGGUAUCGUGCAUAACGAGAUGGACGACUUUGGCAUGCUGAUUUCUAUCUGUCAGCCGCGAAUGAGCGCGUACAUGAUUUUCCCGAUUGCAGCGUUACUCUUGAUUCUCAGUUGUUCUUUUAUGUAAACAGAACGGACUAACCAGAAGUAGCAAUGAGUAAAUUGUCUCAAUACACACUUUACUCGCGAAGCGUUGAUCAGGAAUUUAGCGUGAAGCACGGACGAGGAAAAUUAUGUUUUCGAUUUUGAGGCAUAUAAUACAUGUAUAAGAGAUACUUUACUCAAGAUGAGAGAUGUACUGAUUUAAAAAAAUAUGUAUAAUUUCGUUACUUUCCUUCUUAAGUCACAUUUUUCCUAUGAGAUUACUGUGUCUUCGUCAGCGUUUGUUAUAAUUGUAUAAAUGCGUGUAAAAUCAAGUAUUCUUUUCGCAAUUGCAGUUUCAUUCAAUCCGUGGGACUGAUUUUGUUUUCACAAAUUGAAAAUGUCAAUUGCAUUUAUAGUUUUCCAACAGUGACGUUAAGAGCAUAAUAAGGAAUUGCUGAAAAAAAGUCAGUAAUGAAAGUAUAUAUUUCUAUUGAUUUCAAGCUGCCAUUUUUAUCUUAAUAUUUUCGAUCUAUUAGUUUUAAUUUGUAAUGUUGAAUACAUUUUGUUAAAUAUUUUUUGUGAGGAGGAGUCACGGUUUAGUUUAAAGAAACUGUGCGUGAUCGAAACUGUGUACUUAUCCGAUAGUUCUAUGAUGUAUAAUACUCUGAAAGUCCAAGGUAGAUUCGGAAUUUGAGUUAUAAACGAAGGGCAGCUAAGUCAAAAUUACGAAAAGUAUACGCAAUAUAUACGUGACGCAGUUCACAAGCAUAUAUGGUGCAAAGUAAACGUUAUAUUGUUUACACUACCAGAGAUUCACGUGUACGCGUAUCGUGUAUUAAUUAUAAGACAAUAAAGUUAUAUUUUUACUGACUUAGGAA